AGCUCAGCAGGUCUCUGGUCCAAACACCGUCUGCCCCCAGAGCGUGCGGGCAGACUGCCAUUGGGCGUCGGGCUGGGCCAAGGGGGGCAGCUGGUCGCCACAGAGAGGUGCGGACUGAAGAUCUCUUGGGACGGUCUCCAGGAGAGGUCUACUGACUCUGGAGCUGGCAACUGCCAGGAGGAAAAAUGAGAUUCCCCACAUCCAGAUCGCCCGCGGGGGCCCAGAGAUAACCGCGCUUCUCGCCUCGCGUCCCGGGCCGGAGAGCUGCCCUGUUCCAGGACGGUGGCGCCCCGAGGGGGCGAAGGUAACCGCGUGUCGCGUACUGGGGAUCGCGAUGCGCGAAGUCAGAUUGCCAAUCGCAUGCGCACCCACAGGUGACAGGUGUGUCUCUGCGCCCGCUUGCCUACAUUGACGCAUGUUGUGCCGCGAGCGUGCAAAUCUGCAAACGAUUCGAAGGCAGGAUCGUGAUUUCGAGGAAGGGCCCACCAAUCGGACACUUGAUCGCACGGUGGUCUGCUGUCAUACAUAGACAUUUGCGAUCAAUACUUUAUUUGGGUUUCAGGCUGAUGUUUCGUGGGCCAGUCUUGAAGAGCUCGUAGCUGCUGCUGCCCAUGGGGACCGGCGCGUCCUCAGUUGCUUUAUUAUGGCUUUUCUCUGCGCUGCGGGCUGGGCGUAGUGCGCCACUGGAGUCUCGUCAGGGGGAUACAGUCUUGAGCCUCUCGGCGCACAAUUUCGCGACAACUUUGCAAACAAAUCACGCAGUGCUUGUGGCAUUCUGUGCCCCUUUCUGUAGUCAUUGCAACAACCUAAAACCAGAGCUGGAGAAGGCCAAAGGAGCACUCAACGGGCGCGUGUUGCUUGCAACUGUUGAUGCGCAUUCAGAAGUAGAUUUAGCUCAGAUGUUCGAUAUUGGCGCUUAUCCAACUGUAUAUUUUUGGAGGGGUGGGCAACAAUACCAAUAUGGUGGUGGUCGCCACAACAGCAGUAUUGUGAAAUGGCUAUUGGAGCACAGUGGACUGUCAGUGCUUGUCACAAAUGAAGAGGGCCUGGCCACGGCGUUGCGGACUCGCCGGACAGCCACAAUAUUUGUGGCUCGUGGCCAGCAGCAUUUGCAGAAUAUUUUUCGCGAGGUAGCAAUCGAGCACAAUGAGAUGGGCACGUUUUAUUUUGUGGAGACUAGUGGAGACCCGGUUGUGCAAGUCUACCGGGGCGUAAAUGAGGUAGUCGAUCUCCGAGGAGAGGAGACAAAGAUUUCAGCGGCCGUUCUGGGCUUCUUGCAGACAGAGCAGCUCCCACAGUGGGGCGAGAUCACACAGAGAAACUAUGCGACGUAUAUGAAAAGUGGGUUCGAAUAUUUGUUGUGGGCAUGCUUCGAUCCAAGCACAGUGCAAGCAGAUGCAAAGCAUCUGUCAGAGAUGUUUGUUAGGAUCGCGGAUCAAGCUAAGACAGCCCUUUUUGUGUAUUUGGACACUGCCGCGCAAGGUGAAUUUGCACGAGACGAUCUUGGUUGUACCGAUUAUCCAACACUUUCUUUCCAGUUUUUGAACUCGACGCCGGGAAAAGACAAAAGGCAUACAUUACCGUUUUCGGUAGCAGACAUUACAGAGCAAGCAAUCAGCCUAUGGAUGCAACGCGUCAUCAAUGGAGAGACAAACGAGCAGGCGUUGCUACAAGGCGUUGGCAGAGAGUGCUUGGUGAGAGUGCACAACGUUGGCCAGACGCUCACGAGCGAGACAUGCGCAGAGUUGGUCUCGGGUCGAGCUGGCCAAGGUUGCGGAGUCACUUUCAUGUUCAGCGCUGCCAGCACACAGUCGGGCUGUUGGUGUUGCGCGCCUGGCGACGUGGGCAAGGCCAAUCGGCUGUGGAGCCUCUACAAGAUCUCGGGUCCCACGCCAGAGCGCAUGUAGGUAUCUGUAUGGAUCCCGAUGCAGACCGUGCAUGAAACUAUAUGCGACUUUGUUGCCAACAGUCCACACACCCCGUCCUUGUCCUCUCCCCGCACGCGCCAGCUUGUUCUCCACAAUCCUUCAAAUAUCCGUAUGGAGCGGCGAUGCUCCCCGCUUGGCAUCAAGACAAGUCUAUACACGUCCGCGUGUACCGAGGAAGCUGGCGGCGCAUCACCGACCGUUUCCUGGUAGUUG